AUGCAACAAUAUGAAUCGAUAUAUUUUAUGGGACAACCAGACAGCCGCAAACGCAGACAACAACAGCAACAACCGAAAAAUUCAUCUUCUGGAUUUUAUAAUGAUGGUUACGAUGAUGAACGUGGAGAUUAUCACAUUGUACUACGAGAUCAUUUGGCCUAUCGAUAUGAAGUCUUGAAUGUAUUGGGCAAGGGAUCUUUUGGUCAGGUAUUGAAAUGUUUUGAUCACAAAUCUGGUCAAACAGUGGCGGUCAAGUUAAUUCGGAACAAGAAACGGUUUCAUACACAAGCUAUGGUGGAAAUUCAUAUUUUGAAACGAUUAGUACAAUGGGAUCCUGAUGAUACACAUCAUAAUGUACGAAUGAAAGAUCAUUUCUUAUUUCGGCAACAUUUAUGCAUCGUAUUUGAAUGUCUUAGUAUCAACCUUUAUGAUUUUAUCAAAAGUAAUCAUUUCCAAGGCUUUAGUAUGGGCUUGAUCAAAAGAUUUACGGUACAAAUUUUGCAAUCUCUUUCCUUGUUACACCAACAUAAAUUAAUUCAUUGUGACUUGAAGCCAGAGAAUAUCUUAUUGAAAUCACCUAGUAAAAGUGCUAUCAAAGUGAUUGAUUUUGGAAGUUCCUUAUAUACGUAUAUUCAAAGUCGAUUUUACCGGUCUCCUGAAGUAAUUCUUGGUAUGAAUUAUGGAAUGGCCAUUGACAUGUGGAGUGUAGGAUGUAUUUUGGCGGAAUUAUAUACUGGGUAUCCUUUAUUUCCAGGGGAAAAUGAACAAGAACAAUUGGCUUGUAUUAUGGAAGUAUUGGAUGUGCCUCAUGGAUCACUUGUGGAAAAAUGCACUCGACGUAAACUAUUUUUUGAUGCAUUGGGACAACCUAGGAUUGUUGCGAAUUCAAAAGGGAAGAAACGUCUACCUCGAACAAAAACUUUGGAACAAGCAUUGGAAAGGAAAUAUCAACAUGAAGGCAAUAGUAAGAAUGGAUCGUCAACCACAACUACUUUUGUACUCUUUGUGGACUUUUUGAAACAAUGUUUACAAUGGGAUCCUGCUCAUCGUAUCACGCCUGAUCAAGCUCUUGCUCAUCCUUGGAUCAGUGGUUAUACCGAAAGGUUUGAAUAA